GUGUUAUAAAUAACAUGCUUUUAUUUGAUAGUAUUUGAGGAAUUCUGUGAAUUUAUUGUAUGUUUUGCUUUAUUUAUGUGGUUACAUUGAUUGCAAUGUCUUUUGAAAGUUUAUUGAUUUGCUGUUCUCAUAUGAAAUGUGAGUUUCAGGUUGAAACGAAGAGCUUUGCAAGUGAAAUAGCAUAUUUGUGACGCAGAAGCAGCUGCUGCAACCCCCAACUGCACUGACAUCCCCCUCUAUUUAUCUGGACAUCUGGGUGCUAAUUAGCAUAUCCCAAUGUGUUCCAGUCUUAAAGGAAUAGUUCACCUCACAAUGAAAAUUCUGUCAUCAUUUACGCACUCUAAUUUCAUUCCAAACCUGCAUGACUUGCUGUCUUGCACAACUGGAGAUGUCAGGCAGAAUGUUAGCCUCAGUCACCACUCGCUUUCAUUGUAUUGUUUUUUUCAGACAAUGAAAGUGAAUGGCGACUGAUCAGGCUAACAUUUCUCCUAAAAUGACCUUUUAUGUUCUACAGAAGAAAGAAAGUCAGAUGGGUUUGGAUUUGGAACAACAUAAAUGAGUGUGUUUACAUGUACAUUCUUACACCGAUUAUCCUUAAUAAACCAAUAACAUUUGUGGUUAUGUCAACACAUUAUACUGCUUUCCUUUAUCAGUGUACGGUCAUAAACGGCUUUAGAAUAACCGAUCGACGCAGGUAGAUUUUUGCCCAUUACCCUGAUUUCGUGUUGCACGUUACCGGCAUUUGUUUACCGCUUAUCCAAUGUGUUUAUUUGUUGUAGACCUCCCGUUUUGCGGUUUGACAUCAGAAGCAGAGAAUAAGUCGAUUAUUUCAAAUUUCAUGUAAACAGGGUUUUCUUGCUUUGUUAGAUCUUUUAAAUACGCAGAUUUUUGGGAGUUAUCAGUGUAUUGAUGUUGAUGUAAACAGGCUCAAUUAUGACCAUCCUGAUCUCAUGACAAGUCGUAUUUAUUACACGAGAUGGCGAAAUUAAUUACAAUUCGUAAGACUGCCACUUAGAAAAAUAUGACUUUUACUCCCAUAGAGAAAAAUAAGCGAACCAACAAACAAUUUUAUGACGAUUUUUCGUAAAUUUAACCCCUGACCCAAACCUAAACCUAAAUGAUUUUAACUGCGUAUGACGGAAGUUCAUACGAUUUUCCUAAGUUGAACUCUGAACCCAAACCCCAGCCUAAACCUAAACCUAACCAUAAAGUCUAACCCCUUACCCAAACGAUAAAAAUAACAAUGAUUUUAACAGGGAAAUAACUUUUGUGUACCACAGAAGAAAACAUCAGGAUUUGUAAUGAGAAGAAGGAAGCGUAUUACAAGUUAUUGACAUACAUCAGUCAUUUGUAUUGCAUAAAUACAUAUCAAAUGAGUAACCAAAUGUCCUUUUCUUAAAAUAAAAAUGAUGGAUAAGAGGCUACCUUAAAUUUGAUGCCCGUAAUGUAUCGAUUAUAAAUUCUGUUUGUUGAUUGGUUGGUGCACAUGGGAAUAAAAGUCGUACCUUUCCAUACGAGCCAAGUUGUAUGAUAUCUUACGAUUUCACCAUCUUGUACAAAUUAUCACGAGUUGUCACAAGCAGUGUUGGGUUGCUGAAAAAGUAAUCCAUUACAGAUUAGAGGUCAACCGUUAGUGGAUUUUGAAGAUACGAUAACUAAGGUAGAUAACUGAUUAAUCGGAAGUCAUUAAGUAUUGUGCAACCAAAAUCCCAAUAAUAACCUGAAAAUGAAGAUCUGGUGCAUAACGCCGGACUUUUUAAGCAUAAACAAGCCCAAAACAAACCGCAGACUCUUAUUUUGAAAUGAUGAAAAAACUAUCUGCAUCGAUUUUUACGAUAACUGUUCAAAAUGGCAACUAUCGGCACCGAUUUAUCGGUAAAACAGCUAUAUCGAACUAUCUCUAUAACAGAUUACUAACUACUUUUCAAAAACAUUAAUCAGAUUACUUUAAAAAUUACUUUAUCACAGUAGUAAGCAUAUUACUUAUUGCUUUACUUUUAAGUUACUUUCUUAAACACUUUUCAGAGAAAAGUUUAUUCGCUCAACGAAUUUCAAAUAAUGCCUAUAUUUAAUGUCUAUAUGUGCUGUCACAGAAACACAAACAGGCGUACACAUGACAUAAACAUAAUGUAUUCUUUACAAAUAUGUGUAACCCAAGUAAUGUAAUUAAAAGUAAUUCACUUCAUUAAAAGUCAGUAACUGUUAUCUGAUAACAAGAAUUUAAAAUGUAAUGUGUUCCAUGUGUUUCAUGUGUUCCUGUUUGACUUACAAAAUAAUUAGAUCAUAGUAACUAAUUUGGCAGACGAUUUAUUUUUGGGUGAUCUAUCCCUUUAAGAGCAUCUGUCACAUGAUCCUGUGGCAUUUUAAGCUAAAUUGAAAUGUUUUGUUACUAGGCCACUUCCUGCAGAGGGCGAUAUGGAGUCUGCCUGUGCUCUGAGUGACGGGAGAACUUCUCCCCCAAACUCUCUCCUCAUUGGUGGAGCUGGAGGGGGCGGAGCUCAUCGGAAGCGACGCACACUAGUGGCCCCAGACAUGAACUUGUCCCUGGACCAGAGCGAAGGUUCCAUGCUCUCCGAUGACUUCCUGGAUACGCCAGAUGAUCUGGAUAUUAAUGUGGAUGAUAUCGAAACUCCAGAUGAGACGGACUCACUGGAGUUCAUCACCAAUGGCAAUGACCUGGAGUGGGAGGAUGAUACACCCGUCGCCUCAGCUAAAGCGCCCCCUGCAGACAGUGAUACUGACGUCGAUGCUGUGGACGGGCUGGGUGUCAACGGGCGUUUGUGGAGGACAGUGAUCAUCGGCGAACAGGAAUAUCGUAUCGACAUGCAGGUCAUACGACCCUACCUGCACGUCAUAUCGCAUGGAGGGUACUAUGGCGAGGGUCUGAAUGCCAUCAUUGUGUUCUCGGCAUGUUACCUUCCUGACAGCAGCUGUCCAGAUUACCAUUAUCUCAUGGAAAACCUCUUCCUGUAUGUGGUGAGCAGUUUGGAGAUGCUGGUGGCAGAGGAUUACCUCAUCAUCUACAUAAACGGAGGAACGCCACGUAGUAAGAUGCCAGGCAUUAGCUGGUUGAAGAAGUGCUAUCAGAUGAUUGACAGAAGACUGAGGAAAAACCUGAAAUCUCUGAUCAUCACUCACCCAUCCUGGUUUAUCCGGACAGUCGUUGCCAUUUCCAAACCCUUCAUCAGUGUGAAGUUCAUGAAUAAGAUCCGUUAUGUGCACAGUCUGGAAGAGCUGGAGAAGAUCGUCCCGAUGGAACAUAUUCAGAUCCCAGAGUGUGUCUUACAGUUUGAAGAGGAAAGAAUUAAAGCUAGAAACGAGAGAAUGGAGCAGGAAAAGAAAGAGCAACAGCACCCUGAACAGCAACACAAUUCAACCAAUCUAGAGAGGACAACAGCUGUUGAAGAUGCUGGACACUAAGUGAACAAGCUUGGGUGAUCUUGUUGGUGUUGCUCUUUAAUGCUGAUCCAGGAACAGCGUUCAUAUUCCCAACUUGUCCUUUAUCAUUAUAAAAGAGGAUACGAAACUGGUCUCAGAUCAGCAACAAAGAGGAACCCUUAAUCGAGAGUGGAAGGAAGAGAAGGGAAGCUGGCAUCUUGAAGUCCACCAACAGAUGGCACUAUGCCCAGAGACACAACACUGUUCGGUAGCAGACAAACAGUGCCAUUGUCAUGCACUGUUCAGUUGCCCCUUUUGCAGUUGUUGACUUUUCAGUAGGCUGUUCCAUGCUUUAUGGUCCUAAUUGGUGUCAUCUUUAAAGGUGCAUUCUGUAAGUUUUACCUUUAUAAAAAUGUACACAUAAAGAAAUGAAUAGUGUUUUUUUGAUCAGUAGCAUAAUUUAUUUUCAUGGAGUGAGUCAACUUACAGGGGGCCAACAUGAAGAGGUCACAUGACCAGCUGAAUACUACUUAUUAUAUCAUGGUAACCCAAGUGUAUCUGUCAGCGUUUCGCAAGACGACAAGGAACACCCACUUCACAACACGCCCACUCCAGAUAAGGCCCCGCUUGGAUCAUAAAGUGAUUCUAUUGGCUAAAAGAACUAUUAGAAUCCCAUGCAAUCGCUGUAUGAUUCAUGUGGUCUUAACUGUGUAAACAUAACAAAGAGCAACUUUUAAAUAAUAUGUCACAUAUCAUAUUAUUAAACUAAAGUUAUAAAUGGUGAAAUUAAACAUUUCUCUGUUCCGUUUUCUCCAGUUAGCUCACAAGCUAACCGGUUAGCCUAUUAGCUUUGCAUACCGCUAACCUCUUCUCUUCAUUUUCAUCACAUUUCUCCGCACUGUCGCCACCUAGUGAUACGGCGUUAUGAUUCUAUUCAUAGAACAUUUAAGUUGCACUAUAUUUAAUAAUUUUACAAAUGUUUAACUUUUCAAUCUUUGUGGUUAGGGGUAGGGAUGGGGUAGGUGUAAGGUUGCUGUGGGACUCCAAAUAAACACAAAAACACAGUGUAUGAAUGUUGCAAGACUUGAGCAAUUUGCUGGUUAUUUGAAAAGGGGCUUAACUAGUGGGCGUGUCUUGUAGUAGAACAUAGACAGACCCUUCUUCAGUAACACCUAUUAUCGGAUAUUUUCGCUUUGGACAUCGGUAUAUAUAUGAAAAAUGUUUGAGUCCAAAGGAACUGCUAUAUAUCGGCCAGCGCAACAUACGAAGCAAAAAAUUAUGGAGUGUUCCUUUAAGAACAACCAUCCUGUACUUCUCUGUGUGUAUGCACCCAAAUUGAAUGUAACUUUAUUCCAUUUUGCUGAUUAUGAUUGCCUGGUAUCCUUUCUUGGAUAUUUAUUGAUUGUUUCAAUCCAUUUUCAUCUUGUUUAAUGGCCUGCUUUUGAGCUUUUGUAAAUGAUAAGUGCCAGUUAACUUUGUUUGGCAUCAAUGUAUUCAGCAGUAAUUUUAUGUUGCCCUAUGUUUGCUACGGAAAUGUUUCGAAAUUAAACAUUAUGGUAUAUGUA